CCUAAAAUACAUUUAUUAAGACUAUUAUGACAGUUUUUUUUCUCUCAUAAUAAUCUAAAGGCGAAAGAAACGCACACCUAUUUAGGCGAGGUGCUGGCUAGCGGAGUGGAACACUUCAAAAAUAAAGGAGAGUUCAAGAAAGUUCAUGGUUAUUUCCCAUAAUUGUCGGUUACAUGAUUAUACGAUAAUAGUGCCAGCUCUAAUCAUGGUGAUACUUUCUUUUAAGGGGGUCUGUCAGGCAUCUUUGAGAAAUCCAUCAAGCUUGUUGUCUUGCCUAGGACUUUAUUUUGUAAUUUAAUCUCCUUUCUAAGGAUUUCAAAAUGUGACUGUCCUUCCUUUACCAAUACAUUCACUAUUGUAUAAUCAUGUGUUAUUUCAUUAAUUAUUUUGUUGUAUGAAAGCCUUCAAAAAAUAGUAAAAGCUUUGACAUUUUCCCUGUAAAUUAUGUGUCCGCUAUUCAUACACACAUUUUACAGGGAUUCCAAGAUUAAUUACAACCAUCAUUACUGUGUCUUAUAAAAUGUACAUUACCAGAAGUAAUUAUUGAAAUUAUUGCUUCAACUUUGUUGAUGGGCUUCAUUGCAGUCCUCAACCAAUCAUGCUGCAUGCAUGAUUAGUUUUCAUGCAGAACGGAAGAAAUUUAAGGAAACGAAGGAAAGGAGAAAGCCAUAUAUUUAUAUUGUUCUGCUUAUUCUGCUCCAGAUAUUACCACAAGCCCGUUCUCCCCCAUUAAGAUGCCACCAACCUCAUGUGCACUGAACAAAAAUAUAAACACAACAUACAACAAUUUCAAAGAUUUUACUGAGUUACAGUUCAUAUAAGUAAAUCAGUCAAUUGACAUAAAUUCAUUAGGCCCUAAUCUAUGGAUUUCACAUAACUGAGAAUACAGAUAUACAUCUGUUGGUCACAGAUACCUUAAAAAAAGGUAGGGGCGUUUAUCAGAAAACCAGUCAGUUUCUGGUGUGACCACCAUUUUCCUCAUGCAGCGCUACACAUCUCAUUCACAUAGAGUUGAUCAUGCUGUUGAUUGUGGCCUGUGGAAGGCUGUCCCACUCCUCUUCAAUGACUGUGCGAAGUUGCUGGAUAUUGGCGGGAAGUGGAACACGCUGUCGUACCUGUCGAUCCUCAAUGGGUGACAUGUCUGGUGAGUAUGCAGGCCACGGAAGAACUGGGCCAUUUUCAGCUUCCAGGAAUUGUGUACAUGUCCUUGUGUAACAGUAUAACUUUAAACCGUCCCCUCGCCCCGACCUCGGGCGCGAACCAGGGACCUUCUGCACACAUCAACAACAGUCACCCACGAAGCGUCGUUACCCAUCGCUCCACAAAAGCCGCGGCCCUUGCAGAGCAAGGGGCAACACUACUUGUAGGUUUCAGAGCAAGUGACGUAACUGAUUGAAACGCUAGUAGCGUGUACCCGCUAACUAGCUAGCCAUUUCACAUCCGUUACACUUGCAACAUAAGGCUGUGCAUUAUCAUGCUGAAACAUGAGGUGAUGGCGGCGGAUGAAUGGCAUCUGUGGCAUUGUGUUGUGCGACAAAACUGCACAUUAGAGUGGCCUUUUAUUGUCCCCAGCACAAGAUGCACGUGUAAUGAUCAUGCUGUUUAAUCAGCUUCUUCAUGUGCCUCACCUGUCAAGUGGAUGGAUUAUCUUGAUAAAUAAGAAAUGCUCAUUAACAGGGAUGUAAACAAAUUUGUGCACACAAUUUGAGAGAAAUAAUAUUUUUGUGUGUAUGGAACAUUUCUGGGAUCUUUUACUUCAGUAGAAAGCCAGUAUGAGGUUUAGGCUCAGGCGAGAAUGAAAGGUCAGCGGGCGCGUGGGAGUGAAAAUAUUUAUAGAGUUAAAAAAGUACUCUCACUCAAAACCGUGAAGAGGAUUAACCCAAGGAGUCCGAGAUGCAAAUAUAAUAUCAUGAAUUUAAUACAUGCUCGAAAGAAUACAAACGUGAAAGUGCAAGGAGCUAUAUAACAAAUAAAAAGGAAGGAGCAUACGUUUUGGUCUUAAGCCUUCAUCAGUGCUGUACAAACAAAUUAAGAAGACACAUACUUAAGAAGACACACCUGAUGUGUGUAACAGGUGCAACAGGUGCAAGCAGAUAGUUAAUUAGAGACUAGUGAAUCCGGAGUCAAAGCAUAUUAACAAGGAAUAUAUAGAACAGUAUCAAAAAUGGACAAUUCAAAUGUCACAUAUAAUUGGAAAGAGACAAGAGUCUGGGCUACAUAGCAAUAUCAGAAGCAAUAGAUAUGAAAUACUGGGGGAGACUGCUGGUGCAUGUAGACAACACUACUGGAAACAUACAAGGUCCAAUUCCUCAUUAAGCCCUUUGGGGUGUAGAGUUUUUAAGUAUAAGAUCCAUCUUGCUUCCCACUGGAGUAGGCGUUCAUCCGUAUUGCGGCAUCUGCGGCUUGACCAAACAUGGUCAAUGGCACCGAACUUAAGAUCAGUCACAAGAUGAUUAGGCCCAUGAAAAUGUCUGGCCACUGGUGAUUUUAAGUAAUUUCUUCAGAUAGCACUGCAUUGCUCGUUGAUGCGUAACUGUAGUUGUCUGAGCGUAAUACAACUGUAUGGACAAGACAGUAGAUGCACUACAUUGUUAGAUUGACAUGUAAUUAAUCUAUUGAUGGUCUAUUCUUUAUUUGUGAUGAAAGAUCUGAACGUGUGGCACUUUUUAAUACCUGUACAGGCCGCAUGCCUUUAUUUCAGCUCAUGAAACCUGGGACCAACACUUUACAUGUUGCCUAUACAUUUUUGUUCAGUGUACAAUCAUUUAGGAUCUACAUCAUUCACUUGUUUGAAUGCCAUUGUUUUCCAGUUAUGAGCAUUUUAUUGUCAUUGUUUGUCACUAAAACUUCCCCAACCCCUGUGCUUUGCCUCUUCCAUGGUAAGCUGCUAAGUGGCUGGUACCCAGGGCUUCCCUACUGCUGUGUAGUUUAUCGGUUACAGUAUGGAAGGCAGUGGCACUGGAUGGACUGGAGGUCUGCUGCCCUCUGUGGGCGAAGAGGCAACUAAGGAGCACUCAGUCUUUGAGGUGGCUGUCCAGAACAGCUUGGCCAACCACAGCUCCCUGUUUGCAGACGUGGCUCUGCUGCAGAGCUUCAAGCUGCUCAUUAUCCCAUGCUACGCCCUGGUGGUGGUGGUGGGUGUGUUGGGGAACUACUUGCUGCUCUACGUCAUCUGCCGCACCCGCAAGAUGCACAAUGUCUCCAACUUCUUCAUCGGGAAUCUGGCCUUCUCAGACAUGCUGAUGUGUGUGACCUGUGUACCAUUCACCCUGGCCUAUGCCUUCAACCCCCGUGGCUGGGUGUUUGGAAGGUUUAUGUGCUACCUGGUGUUCCUGAUCCAGCCAGUCACAGUUUACGUGUCUGUCUUCACCCUCACCGCCAUUGCUGUCGACAGGUACUAUGCCACUGUGCAUCCUCUGAAGAAGCGCACCUCGGUGGCCACCUGUGCCUAUGUGCUGUCAGGGAUCUGGCUGCUGUCCUGUGGUCUGGUGGCUCCAGCUGUGGCCCACACCUACCACGUGGAAUUCAGAGAGGAGGGCCUCACCAUCUGUGAGGAGUUCUGGCUGGGGCAAGAGAAGGAGAGGCUAGCCUACGCCUAUAGCACCUUGCUGGUUACCUACGUCCUGCCACUCUCUGCCGUCUGUGUCUCCUACCUCUGCAUCUCUGUCAAGCUGAGGAACUGUGUGGCACCGGGACAUCGGACCCGGGACCAGGCAGAGGCACAGCGAGCCCGGAAGCGGAAGAUCUUCCGUCUGGUUGCGCUGGUUGUGGCGGCCUUUGGGGUGUGCUGGCUGCCCAUUCACGUGUUCAACGUAUUGCGUGACAUCGACAUCCGCCUCAUCAACAAGCGCCACUUCCUGCUCAUCCAACUAAUGUGCCAUCUGUGUGCCAUGAGCUCGUCCUGCUGUAACCCCUUCCUGUACGCCUGGCUGCACGACCGCUUCCGCGCCGAGCUGAGGAAGAUGUUCACCUGCCACCGCCGCAUCGGCAUCCCUGCCAACCACUGUGCUACAGCCAGCGUGGCCCUGUGACUGUGCAGGGACAAGGAGAUAGAAGAGACAGAAGAUAUCUGAUACCAGUGUAAACAUGUUGUAGGUCCAAUUUUCUGAUUAUUUGCUAUUGACCUAAUGUGGACAUGACAAGAGUUAAUUGUGACUUACAGCUGAUUACAGAGAUAUUAGGUGGUUCCCUAGUCAUUUUUCGAUGAACAAAUCAAUUGAACAUGCAUGAGGUGAUUGCCUGGAAAGAAUGAAUGAACUGAUCGAAUGCCAAAAAUAUGAAGGUAACACAAGAGAGAAAAAAGCAAGAGAAAGAAUAAAAGGAGAGGGAAGGAGAGGGAGAAAGAGGAGGCGAGGUGACAGGACCACCAAACAAAUGUUAUUUUGAAGGCCAUUUUGCACAGCCACAGUCAAUGUUUAACACCAAGAAACAUCAGCAAGCAGGAGAUUCAUCUGCCAAAAAUGAGAGGUUUGGUGGAUAAUUUCAAGGCACUGGUCACACAAUAGUUGCUUCUACAUACGCGAUAUCCCCCAUAACUCCAGAUGGACAGUUGUCUGCUGAGGUUAGAGGGUAGUAGUUGUCCCACCUAGCUAUCUUAAGAUUAAUGCACUAACUGUAGGUCGCUCUGGAUGAGAGCGUCUGCUAAAUGACUAAAAUGUCAAUGUAAAUAGUCAAUGCAGGUUUGGUCCCCAGACUGGUGUUUGGCAGUGAAUGACAUGCUUAAUGACAUGAAUACAGAUAUAAUCUCGGUCUCCACUCUUUGAAGAAACAUGCUUAAUAAAACAGUAGGUGGUGUUUGUUCCCCCAUGGUUACAUCUCUAUUUUUAUUGCAGUCUUAUCAGUCUGUUACCCAUCUUUGUCUCUGGGGAACGUACACCGCUUCUGAAAAUAGUCAUUUAGAAUUGUUUGCUAACCGAGUGGCGCAGAGGUCUAAGGCACUGCAUCGCGGUAUUGCGGCAUCCCUACAGCCGGGGUUAUAUCCCAGGCUGUGUCACAACCUAUGGGAGUCCCAUAGGACUGCGUACAAUUAGCCAAGCGUCGUCCGGAUUAGAGGAUGGUUUGGACGGGGGGCGGGGGGGCUUUACUCAUUGCACUCUAUUGACCCCUUGUGGCCGGCCGGGCGCCUGCAGGCUGACUACGGUUGUCAGUUGAACGGUGUUUCCUCCGACACAUUGGUGCAACUGGCUUCCGGGUUAAGUGAGCGGGUGUUAAGAAGCGCGGGUUUGGCGGGUCAUGUUUCGGAGGACGCAUGACUCGACCUUUGCCUCCCCCUAGCCCAUUGUGGAGUUGCAUAUCACGAAUUUAGAGAGAAAAAGGGUAUAAAAUUACAAAAAACUCAAAUUUAAUUAGGUGUUUGUUAGGCAUUUGCUGAGGUCAUGCUUCCCACUGCAUGCUUGCAUUAAUGACUGCAUUAUAGUUUAACUGAGGUGUUGAUUCUUAUUGUUUUUUUAGACCAACCACAAAAAACCUUCCCCACUUUCAAUAUAUUUAGCGAAAUGUCAUGGGGCCUUGCUUUGUGAAUCCAUAAUAAAUGGCCUUCUGUGGUUUGUGUCAUACCAUAUAAAAUGUCUGUCCUUUAGUGAUUGCAUGCAAUUAUGUGUAAAAUUCUGAAUAAACAAACACUGAGAAUUGGCCAAUUGCUGAUUGAAAAAAAAGCUAAGAAGCUUAAUGAAUUACAGAUGGCAAAUGUCUUAAAUCAUUAAAAACUUAAUUAAAUCAAAUAACAACACAAAACAAUGUUUACACAGGACUGUUUCAUAUACACUUAUUAGGCUAUAUCACUUAAAUGCAAUGUUAGUUUUUAGGCAUAGUUUGUAGAUGUAAAUAUCAUAAUGAAUAGACUGAGAAGGAGUAAAUGGAAUAUUUAGAGGCAAGACUGCAGGUAACUAGAGAACAACUAGAAUGCACUAAUCCAAGAACAAGUAAACAAAAACAAAUAUUUUAUUUCAACAAGUAAAUAGUGAUCUGUAUGACUGUCCACAAAUUCCAUCUGAGGUUGCUGUGGUCACGUAUGGUUGCCAUGGUCACGUAUUAGGGAUUUUAUAUUCUGUUAAUGUGUUAGGCCUAUGCGAUAACAAUCCUCACACCACCCAAUAGCAUCCGAAAAAAUCCAUAGAGAGCAACAAACACACUUGAGAACAAUGUGGAUUCAGCCACUUGUGCCACAAUGUGGAUUCAGCAACCUGAGCCACUUGUGUGGGUUGUAGACUCCGUCUCAUGCUACCACUAGAGUGAAAGCACCGCCAGCAUUCAAAAGUGACCAAAACAUCAGCCAGGAAGCAUAGGAACUGAGAAGUGGUCUGUGGUCACCACCUGCAGAACCAUUCCUUUUUUGGGGGUGUCUUACUAAUUGCCUAUAAUUUCCACCUUUU